CACACACACACACAGGGAGACACACUGAAAACACCCAGACGGAUGGACGUAGAGAGAGAAGACAGAGAGGAGGAAUAAACGAGGUCAUCGUCAUGGACACCGUCAGGACUCGUCUGACUCAGUCUCCUUCAGUGGGCGGGGCCGAGGAUGAGGAGGUAGGAGGAGCUCAGAGGGUGGAGAUGAGGUUUGUGACACGAGAGGAGGAGGAGGAGGCGGGGCAGGGCAGUGACAUCACAGCACUGGUGCUGCCUUAUCGCCACGGUUACCGCAAAGCCAGCGUGUUCCUGUGUGUGUGUGUGGUUGUCGUCGUCUUUGUCAUCGCAUUUCUAUUGGCCUACGCAGUGUUUGGUGCGCGGCUCCAUUGCUCCCAGGUGAAGGGGCUGGGGGAGGAGGAUGAGGAGCGUGGGGGCGGGGCUAAACCACCUGCAGAGGGAGGGGCGGGGCUUUAUCUGGGAGAGCUGAGGGUGAUGAUGAGGAGGCUGCUGCAGGAUGAAGACAUCCACGACACUGUCAGUCGAGUCAGCAGAGCCAAUCAUCCUCCAGGUUCCUCAGAGGGGACGUCUCUGGCCUCAGAGAUCCUGCGCCGCUUCAAACUGCUGCAGAUGGAUCACACCUGGACCGAGUCUCUGUACGCCACGCUGCAGUUCCCCCACAGGUCUCAGAGGAGCUCUCUGUCGCUGGUGGACUCUACAGGACUGAUCUCAGAACAGAUCUCUCUGAACCCAUCUGACUUCUGUCCAUACAGCGCCACAGGAAGUGCCACGGGGGGCGUGGUCUAUGCUAACUACGGCCGCCCGGAGGAUUUUAAUUGGCUGAAGAGUGCGGGUGUAUCUGUGGUUGGCUGUGUGGUGGUGAUGCGUGUUGGAGGCGGGGUCAGUUUUGCUGAGAAGGUGUGGUUGGCUGAGAAGAGCGGGGCAAGUGGAGCUUUGAUCUACCCCGACCCGGCUGACCUGCCGCAGGACCCCGACGCCGGCCUGAACGCACACACCGCCAUCUCCCUCUGUGUCGCCCAAUCACAGGUCCACCUGGGGUCAGGUGACCCCUUCACCCCUGGCUUCCCGUCCUUCAAUCAUACUCAGUUCCCGUCCAUCCAGUCCUCCGGCCUGCCGCUCAUCCCAGCCCUGCCAAUCAGUGCCACAGUAGCUGCCAAGCUGCUCAGCCAGCUGUCAGGUCCAUCCUGUCCUUCGUCAUGGCGGAGUCGACUGCCAUAUGUGCGCUGUGUGGUCGGUCCAGAGUUCAGCUCCGGACGCAGAGUCAAGAUGUCGGUCCACAACGUCAUGACACCAGUCCUGCUAAACAACAUCUUCUCAUCUCUGGAGGGCCGAGACGAGCCAGACCAGUACAUCAUACUGGGAGCUCAGAGGGACUCACUGGGUCCAGGAGCUGCGAAGUCUGGAGUUGGAACAGCGAUCCUUCUGGAGCUGGCUCGGACCUUCUCUGCCAUGGUGAAGAAUGGUUUCAGCCCCAGGCGCAGUUUGCUGUUUGUCAGCUGGGAUGGUGGAGAUUUUGGGAACGUUGGAGCAACUGAAUGGCUGGAGGGUUACCUGUCCAUGCUGCACCUGAAGGCUGUGGCCUACUUCAGUCUGGAUCAGGCUGUCAUGGGUGAUGAUGUCCUGUCAGCGUACUCCAGUCCUCUGCUAGUCGACCUGCUGGAUGCUGCCAUCAGACAGGUGGAGCAUCCGAGACAUGCAGGUCAGACCAUCUUCAGUCAGGCGGAGAGGGAGGGGGGCAGCUGGAGGAUAAUGAAGCCACUAUACCUGAACAGUGGAGCGUACAGCUUCACAGCGUUUGCAGGAGUUCCGGCUAUGGAGCUCAGAUUCACUGAGGAGCGAGUGUACCCAUUCGUCAACACGCCAUUGGACACCACCUCUCGCCUACAGGAGGUGCUGGGGGGUCGUCUGGGGGUCACAGGACGGAGCUUAGGGGAGCUGGUUGGGGAGAUGGUGCUGCGAUUGGCCCACGACCACAUCCUGCCGCUACGCAUCGAUUCCUACGCUCAGGCAGUGCUGCAGUUCAGCGCUCAGCUGAACAAACACUCUGCUGAGCUGCAGGUACGCUCUCUGACCUCACCUGAGUCACUGUGCUGA